UCCAAAAAUGCCUCGACAAGAAACUUGUUGCUGACUCAAUUUCUUCAUUCCAAGUCGCUUUUUCUGCAUUUCAGGGCAAGAACAGAAAUCUUAAUCCUUAUCCGAUACAUCCUCUUUAAUGGAAUCCCCGGGAAAUUCCAAUGAGGAGGAUCGUCCAUUCUCCGACGCACCCGAGGACUUUCCGUUUCACGAUUGCCCCAGUGAGGACCAAACGGAUCAUUCCACAUCACCUAGCCCGGAGCUUUCAUCCGCCAAUCUACAGAAUCGAUCGCUCCGUCGUCGGAGAAUCUCCAAAAGUGAAUCUAAAUAUCCCAACUCCGAUACUUCGUCGAUUAGUUCCUGUAUUACCCAAACCGAUGACCCACAAACCAGUUCUCGGGAUAGAAGGGACAAGCCUUAUCUUGAUUCAAAGGAAAACGUUAAGGAUGUGGACACAAUUGCGUCAGGUUGUGAUUCUGUUGAUCCGGUUGGAGUUGCGAGUUCAUUGAGCGGGGAGAAACAGGAGUCCCCGUUAACUACAGAGGGUUACGCCCGAGGUCAUGACUGGGUCAACUUGGAUGGGGACCUCGGUGAUCUUUCUUUCACAAAUUUUCUUGUGUUUGUGGCUGGGCUAGUGAUUAAGGCAAUCGGUUUUCAAUUCAAUUUGUUAGUUACCAUGAUUACGUUUCCUUUAUGGGCGUUAUAUGUCUGCUGCAUGUUUGCUGUUGAUCCCUCUAGAAUAAUAAGGCGCGGUAGAGGAUAUUUAAUAAAAAAACUGAUUGAUUUUUGGAAUUUGACAUUUGGCAGUUGGAGUCCAUUUGUAUGUGAAUGGUUGAAGGAGAGAAAAUCCGUACUGAAGCUUGCGUUGAGAUUUGGGUGCGGGUUGUUUUGGGCUAUUUAUGUUAGUAUUAUUUUGUGCGCUUUACUGGUUUCAUCACUUGUUUUUAGUGGUUUCGUUAUGAAUCAUUUGGUGGAGGAGCGAACCUUUAUAAAGGAGAAUUUGAAUUUUGAUUACACCAAGGGGAGUCCGGUGGCUUAUGUGCCAAUUAUAUUCUGUGGUGAUACGGAUUGCGUGAUGAAUAGUCUGGACAAUCUUGAAAGAGGGAGAUUGGAUUCCCGUAUCAUACCACCAGAUCAUAAGUUGCAGGUUACUGUUUCUUUGACAUUGCCUGAGUCCGAGUAUAACAGAAAUCUUGGCAUAUUUCAGGUCAGGGUGGACUUCCUAUCUGCUAAAGGUCAAACCCUUGCGAGUUCAAGGCAUCCAUGCAUGCUAAAAUUUAAGAGCGAGCCUAUCCGGCUUCUUCUUACUUUCCUUAAGGUUGCUCCUCUUAUUACUGGCUUUAUAUCAGAGUCUCAAACACUGGAAGUGAGGAUUAGUGGUUAUACUGAAGGAGAUAUACCUACUGCAUGCGUGAAGGUAAUAAUUGAACAACGAGCAGAGUUCCUGUUUGGUGCCGGUAUUCCUGAAAUAUAUGGUGCAUCCCUAACUCUUCAAACGGAACAUCCUUUCUUCAAAAGGAUUCUUUGGAAUUGGAAGAAGACUAUAUUUAUAUGGAUGAGUAUAAGUGUGUUUAUUGUGGAGUUGCUGUUUACUCUUGUCUGCUGUAGACCUUUGAUAGUUCCCAGAUCGAAGAGCGAUGAUAGAUCUUCUAGCCAGAACCCAAGUCAGAAUGUUCUGCCAGAACGGAGAUAGUUCGAGGCCAUGGCCUCCGCAAGAGUCCAGGACAAUGGCAAAAGUAAAUAUUUAGUGUUGUAACCAGCUACAAGUGAAUCUCCUUUUUUUCCCAAGUUUGAGUAAUGAUUCUAUGUUUAUAUACGUAUUUGGGUACAGGGUGGUCUGGGUUAUCGAUUUUAGAGAAAUUUACUAAAAUAUAACUAUUUUUAUAAUAAUAUAUACAAGUCAUGACUGUAUUUCAGAAA